AAUGCGUGGUGGUGUACCUGGACGACAUCCUCAUCUACUCGCGCGAUAUGCAGCAACACGUCCAACACUAGCGACGCAUCUUCGACAUUCUCCGACGAGAACGAUUCUACGUCAAUGUCAUCCAAGAGCGAAUUCGCCCUCGAGAAAGUCCAAUUCCUAGGACACAUGGUGAGCACUCAAGGAGUUCACAUCGACCCCAAGAAGAUCAAAGCCGUACACACGUGGAAGACACCCGAGAACGUGAAGGAGUUGCAACAAUUCCUAGACUUCACUAACUACUACAAUAGGUUCGUGCCACAGUACGCAAAAAUCGCAACGCCACUCACGAAUCUGCUGAAGAAGAACACGCCCUAUAAGUGGGAACCAAAGCAUAAAAAAGCCAUAGAGCAGUUGAAACAAGGACUCACGUCCGCGCCUAUACUCAUCUUGCCAGACCCCGAACGCGACUUCGUCAUCGAAGCUGAUGCCAGUGGCCAGGCAGUGGGAGCAGUCUUAAUGCAAGACCAGGGGAAUGGACUGCAACCAAUCGCCUACCUCAGCAAGAAACUACACGGGGUAGAACUGAACUACCCGAUACAUGACAAGGAGGCCCUUGCUAUUAUCAUCGCCUUCAAAACGUGGAGAUGUUAUCUCGAAGGACGACAAACAACCGUCUACACCGACCACUACAGCCUGAAAUAUUUGAAGACACAACCAAACCUCUCCAGGCGGCAGGUCCGGUGGAUUGACUUCCUCGAGACGCACUUCCACUAUGACAUCGUGUACAAGCCCGGCCACAAAAACAAAGUAGACGCUCUUAGCCAGCCUGCACACGUUGCCGCCAUCCAGGUCGAAGGGAUGAACCCACUUCUCAAGGGACUCUUCACACACGGGUACGCCAUCGACCCCGAAAUUCCUUUGGCAGCAAAACGGCAACUGCUACUGUGGGACACAGACAUCGCAUAGCGGAAGGGAUCAACGAAAAUAUGGGUACCCAAUUGCCCACCUUU